AGUUCUCCUCGAGCCACGUUGACUUUCAUCCAAACUCGUUUCUUUCUCUUGUUUUUACUUCCAGGUCGUGUUGGUCGCUAGUUCGCAGCGAUGGCGAACUAUCACUAUGAUGAGGCAGGUAAUAUGGCUGCCUACUUCAUUAUUUCUGUCCUUGUUAUAAUUCUACUGCCCGUGACACUUUCGUCACUUGCAAGCGUGUCCUCAAAACCCCUAGAGCUUGAUAACGGGUGUCAGUGUACGCCCUGUGUGCAGCGUAGAGCCGACGUGAGGAGACGCCAGCGUGGCUCGCUGCUCAGUCCCAAGUUCACCCGAAAGGCACUAUUAAUCAUUGCGGGCUGGAUUGCCGUCGCAUACCUCUCCUACAAAGUUGCGCAUGCAGAGCUAGAAAACAAGGUGUAUAAUCCAUUCGAAAUCCUUGGCAUAAGUACGGGUGCAACUGAGAAGGAGAUCAAGUCACAUUUCAAGAAACUAUCACGAGUAUACCAUCCCGAUAAAGUCAAAGCAUCCAUCAAUGAAACGGUAGAGGACAUUGCCAACCGUUUCGUGGAUAUUACCAAGGCGUACAAGUCGUUGACGGACGAGACCAUCCGUCGCAACUGGGAACUUUUCGGGCAUCCCGAUGGCCGACAGGAAGUCUCGAUGGGUAUUGCUUUGCCAAAGUGGAUCAUUGAAGGCAAAAACAACAUCUGGGUCCUUGGUGUAUAUGGCAUCCUCUUCGGUGGCGCACUCCCCACGCUUGUGGGUCGCUGGUGGUUUGGUAACCGCCAAAAAACAAAAGAUGGGAUUAAUGCAAAGACCGCCGCAGCAUUCUUCAUGGCACUCACAGAUAAUAGCGGCAUGAAGGAGGUCGUUGGUGCGCUAGGCAAGGCAUACCGCUGGGAAACCACGUGGGCAGGCAACACAACGGGAUUAGACGAGCUUGAGAGACAGAUUGAUGAAAAGAUGGGUGACCAAUGGAAGGAGGUAAAGGAUCUUGUGGCUCCUGGUGGCAAGUGCGAAGGGACUGAACAGAGGGCCUUGGUGCUGCUGUACGCUCACUUCCUGAGGUUAAAGAUCAACAACGAGGCGCUUAAGCAAGAACAGGCCAAGUUACUAUUGCAGGCCCCCAUGCUGCUCAAUGCGCUGCUGGGAAUCUCGGCUGCGCGUAGUUGGUUGUCUCCCAGCUUGAUGGUGAUGCGUCUGCACGCCUAUGUCAUGCAGGCUCUUCUUCCUGGAAAAACAGUUGCACCACAAGCUCAAUUACCUGGCUUCCAUGACGAUGCUGAUGCACCAGAAGCUAAAGACCUUGCCUCAUUUAUCUCGCAUCUGGAGGACAAGGGAGACGACCGGAUCACAGAAGCACGAAAGGCUGCCGAGGGCUGGAGUCAGUUGGAUGUUGUGGAUAUGUCUUUCAAGGUCAUCGGUGAAAGCUUGGUCACACCAUCAUCCAUCGUUUUCCUCCUCGUUAAACUGCGUAUUCGCCGGCCACUUCAAGGCGACGCACCCUCGCCUGCUUCUGAAAAAACUGCCAAGGCCCUUCGGGAGGAAAAGGAGAAGGACGAAAAAUUCUUGAACAGCCGGAAGGACGCUGAGGACAUCGAUGACGCCGCACCUGCGUGGGCUCACGCACCCCAUUGGCCAGGACUGCGCAAGCCAGGAUGGUGGCUUGUCCUUGCUGAUGACAAGUCGAAUAGAAUUGUUGUGCCCCCGUUAAAGAUCUCAGACGUCCCCGCAUCGAGUCCAGGGAAGGAACGUGACUACCGCUGCUACAAGUUACAGUUCCAGGCUCCCCCUAACGUAGGCUUGUUCACUUGGAGAGUGUAUUUUGUAAGCGACACGCUCGUGGGCGAGGAGUCAUUCCGGGACAUUUCGCUCAAAAUCGAUGACAUAUCUGCACUCAACGCAGAAGAGCAGACAGCGGAGGAUGAAAUUUCGGAUCCCGAAGAGGAUACGUUGGCAGGUCAGAUGGCCGCGAUGCGUGGGGGAUCUGUGAAGCGAACGCUGGCGCCUGAGGAGAGCGAGGACGAGAGCUCGACAGAUGAGGAGCAGCAGGAUGGUGACGAUUCUUCAGAUAGUGAUUAG